AUGGCUGAAGUACCUACCAUUUCUAUAACCAAUCCCGAACUCGAGAGUCAAGACUUGAACAUGACAAGUCCAGUGACGCCUUCACCGCCCGGAUCGCCCACUGUCUUUGACGUUGUAAAAAACAUGGAAGCCCUCGAUAGGGAUGAUAUGUAUGAAAACGACCCAACAGCAGCCGAUUUCCCGGAAACACCCACACCUACACCCAAUCACGACCACACUGCCGAUAAAUCGGAUAGUCAGGUCGCACCAGUUUCUCAGGAACAAGAACAACAACACCAGUCGCCGCAUCCACCAGAAGAAUCAACGCCAACAACUGAAUCUACAACUCCUACAGUAACCGAAAGCGAUCCACAAGAUCAGCCGUCUCUAAACGUUCGGGAAUUCUAUCAAAACAAAGCAAUUCUGCUUACAGGUGCAACUGGCUUUGUUGGCAAAGCGUUGCUGUGGAAAUUACUCUCACUCGAUGUACGCAAGAUCUUCAUUCUACUGCGAACAGGCCAACGCCGACCAGGUUCAGCUUUUCAGCGUAUCAAAGAAGACAUAUUGACCAAUAAGGCAUUCGUGGCGUUACGCCGAUCCAUGGGACCAACAUUAUUUGAUCGAAUGAUAAGGGAUAAAGUAUGCGCAAUGGAAGGCGACUUAGCCAUGCCAGGGUUAGGCCUAUCUGAAGAAGAUCGCAAGACGUUGGUCAAAGAUACCAAUAUCGUUUUGCAUUGUGCUGCGACAGUGGAUGGAAAUGAACGUCUUGAUAUGGCAGUCAAGGUCAAUGUGUUAGGAACGCUUAACCUUAUCGAAUUGGCAAAUGAAUGCAUGACACUUACAGCCUUUAUCCACCUGUCACCGCUGCAAAUGGCGCCUGGAUCAUCCGCAUUCGAAGAUCGUCUAUUGCCUAUACCCUCACAAGAGUCGCCCCACGUCAUUCUAUCUACUAUUUUGUCCUCUAGUUUUGAAGAUCUACCUGCUAUUUUCGACGAUUACAAACGAUACUAUCCCGACACUUACUUGUUUUCAAAAUCCUUGGUCGAGCAUUUGAUUAUAAGUGAAGUGGAAAGAAAGCGGAGCAACGGAGGAUAUCAAUAUCCAGUUGCGAUUAUGCGAUCCAGUCCCAUAGGUCCCAGUGCGAACGAACCUUUGGUUGGAUGGGCAGAUGGCGUCAAUGGCGCCAACGGUACAUUGUUGCUUACAGGGCGGGGUGUAAGAGUAAUACAGCCAGGAGGCGGUAAUGCGAAUGCUGAUAUCGUACCUGUCGAUUUCGUCGUACGAAUGAUACUUGGAUGCGCCGUCAGCAUUACACCACCAUCAUCUAGUGCUUUUGAUACGCCAAUCCCAGACGUAGAUGCAUUCAACGAACAACGUAGCAGUACACCAACGCCAUCCACGGUAUCAUCACCAACCAACUCAACUGCACCAGCAAUAAGAGACUCAGGGUCAUCUGCCGAAGAAGCAACGUCAGUAAGCCAUAUGUCCAUGGAAAGCCGUGCUUCAUCAAAAACCUCUGUACGUCCGUUGAGCAUUGAGGGGCCUAUGGGUGCCGUGUUUCCAUACAUGUAUCAUAUCACAACUGCCAACAUGCGAUGUUUGCCUUGGCGCAUUGCUUAUGAACCUAUCCGACAAUAUUGGACAAAAGCAACCAAGAUCAAUCUGCCUCCCGCACAAAGCUACUUUACAUCUAGCGCCGGCGGACUCAAUCGAGCACGCACGGUGAUGAACUCCAUCCGAUCGUAUAUGGGCAACAACGGCAACGUACCACCUACAGCAUCAACGUCAUCCGAUCGCACGAGGAAGAGAAGUUCACAACAACGACUUAGUAGACAGAUCGACAAGGCGACAAAACUGUCAUGGACAAUGAAAUCGUUCUACAAACCAUCCUCCAACAACGCUGUCGAUAUAAACGCCGCCGGUCUACGACGCCAUUUGCAGUCGACAGAACUUGAUCCAUAUUGCUUGGUACCAGAAGAUGCUGACCACAGUUUUUGGGUCAACUAUUUUCUCAACGCCAGUUACGGUAUCCAUUAUUUCAUUCACUUAGAGCCAGAUCUGCGUUUGCCUGUCCCACUUUCUGGAUGGAGCUGUGCGUUGCAAUCAUACGAUUAUGUACAAGGCAAUGACAGUGUACGACUGAUUGAUCGGCCCGCACAAAGUGCUGUUUUUACGGCAGAUCAAAUUUCUCGACGUAUUGGAAGAAUGGUUGCGCAAGUCAAGGAUGCACUUGAAACAAACGCAGUGUCACGAACACCACAGGAUGAUGAACGGUGGUUAGGCGACAUGGAUGAUAGCUUGGAUGACUGGUGUCAGGAUGGUGCUGUGUUCAAUUCGGAUAAAGAGAUACGCAUGGUAUUGGGUAAAUGGCGCAAAAAGGUUGGAAGUAAUGACGAUCGCGUCAAGAUUGUCGUUUUGAACGAUAAGCGUGUCAAUCAAGCCAUCAAUCAGAUCACAGUGAAUGCGGGCGUACAGAAACAGACUGCUGUGAAUGAAGCUAUGAAAAUUCUGGUGCGCAUGAGUGAACGAACACAACUUCAAUUCGUCUGGUUCGCAAGCUACUUCUUAAAGAACCUCUUUGAUGACAUGUUUGAUAAUGUCCGCAUUCAAGAAGAGAGCAUUCGUCGAAUUCGAGCUGCUACCUUAGGCAAACGUGUCGUUUAUGUGCCUGUUACGAAAAGUAUUCUGGAUCCGCUCUUGGUAUGGUACAUUGCUAUUCGCUAUCAUCUGCCUGUACCUGCAUUCGCCUGUGAUGAAGCACUUGCACAACUUGGGCCCAUAUCCGACAUUUACCGUCUAGCAGGUGCAUACUAUAUAAAGCGAGACAGACAGAAACGCUCACCACUUAACACUGCUGUCAUGGCUGCAUAUACUCAAGUUCUGCUACGUGAGCACGGGGCACUGUCGAUAUACAUGGAAAAAGCACGAAGUCGAACCGGAAAAUAUCAAGAGCCUUAUGAUGACGGACUCAUUGAGAUGGUUGUUGAAUCCACCCUGCAAUCCAACCAAACACGGUCACCUGCAGUAUCUCGCGUUGCAAGUCUUGAGAGCAACAGCAACAGCAGUCCACCUGCAUCACCUGACACGCCGAGCUCCAUUGGAAGCCCAACAAUGAGCAUUGACAGCUCAACAGGUGGCAAUGGAUUCACACGCAAAUCGGCCCACAAGGACGUGUUUAUCGUACCUAUCAACAUUACAUACGAGAACAUGCCCGAAUUACCUUAUUUGCUGGAUGAAUUAUUAGAUCAGCAUCAGCCAGCCUCGGUAAAACAAUCAAACGCUCCCGCGCCUCCAAUGCAAAAUGUGAUGCGUCCAAGUGAGGCCAAAGAUAAGCGAACCAAUGCUCUGAAUGGACCCGACGUUCAACGAAAAUUUGGUCGUGUUUUGAUGGGUAUUGGCCCGCUCGUGAGUGUGCAGGAUGCUGCCGAGGAACUGCAGCGUUCAAGCAGUGGCUCAGUCGUUGAUCCCGCAGAAGAAUCGAUGCUUGUGAAGAAAAUUACCGAGGAAAUUCAGACGAAUCAACGCAAGGCAUUGAUCGUAUCACCUGUAUCACUUGUGGCUAGUAUUAUUCUUUAUGGUCGAGCUACUGGUGGCGUCUGCUUUGGUAAAAUGAAAGAUAUGGCAGAAUGGCUCCGAGCUGAAGUUAUCAUGCGAGAUUUUCAAAUUGAUUGGCAAGAGGGUGAAGAUGUGGAUGCAGUUGUUUUGUAUGCGUUCCGCCUGUUGGACGAAACCAAAAACAUCAUUGUUGAAGGCAAAGAGAUUACGGAUGAUACAAAUAUCCGCGUGAAUGAUCACGCUGACAAUGUCAUGACACUUUCGUAUUAUGCCAAUCAGGCUACUGAUGUUUUCCUGCUGGACGCAUUCUUUGCAGUGGUGUAUUUGUCUUUCACAGAAGACAAGGUUAUCGAGGACGAGUUCAUGGAUCGUUUCCGAUUCCUAGCACAGAUGCUUGAACGAGAGUUCGUUUUGACAUGGGACAUUGAUCAGCAAUUCAACAAUGUGCUCAGCAUGUAUGAAGCACGUAAAGUGAUUCGACGGAGUAGAACCGACGAAACUGGCACCACAUCACACUUGAUACUUGCUGCCAAUAUGGAAAGCAACCCCGUACGCUACGAGCAACUGAUUUUCUUGGCGUCGCUCUUAUACCCAACCAUCGACUCGUAUUGGAUCACAUCCUGUUCACUUUCUGCAUUGGAUGCGGUGCCAAUGUUACCACGUAGUAUUGUGCCUCUACUCGCACAAUGGAUUGCUACGCAUUUGAUCACUGGCCGGCGAACCAUCUAUCGCGAAGUCUUGUCGACUGAGUCGAGCCGGACUGCGGCCGACAUGUUCAUGACAUUGGGCUUUUUGACAGAGAUCCAGGCCAAGGAGAAACUUUCACCGGAUGCACAAAUUCUUUUGCAUGAACUUGGUAUCCCGACUACCGAGAUGCUCAUCCAGCUCUCAGGGCAGAACAGCGAUGGAGGCCAAACCGAGGUUUCCCCUGUCGACCCUGAAGGAAUGAUGAAAGCACUCAUGGCACAGAUCCAAAUGAACCGAGCCAACUCUAACAUGGCAGAUUUAUGCCAGCAAAUCGAUACGUAUCGUCUGGGUGCAAUGACCCAGCGCGAGACGUUCCAAAAUAAACAAGUGUUCCAGAAAUGCUUGAAGCAGAUCAAGGGUAUCCUCCAAGCAAACACAGCCAGCUUUGCCAAGAAGCGGCAAGUAGACCUACCAGAGAACGAAGAAAAGCUCGUGCAGCUGGUGUAUGCACUUCGUACAAGCAGCGCCCCUAGUGUAGAUCGAUCCUCCUCUACAGCACAAGCACGGGCUUUACGGCGAGUCUCUGAAGCUUAUAAUUUACGACAUUACUAA